GCCCCUAAAUCCCAUUCUCUCUCAACGGAAGCAAAGCCUUCGUAGCAAUCGGCAAUAUUUGUGUGCGGUGUUGUUCUUUCUCUUUGGUUCUCAAUAUGCAGAUCUUUGUCAAAACCUUGACCGGCAAGACAAUCACCCUUGAGGUGGAAAGCUCCGAUACUAUUGACAACGUGAAGGCGAAGAUCCAAGAUAAGGAAGGUAUUCCUCCGGAUCAGCAGAGGCUAAUCUUCGCAGGCAAGCAGUUGGAGGACGGCCGUACUCUAGCUGAUUACAACAUCCAGAAGGAGUCGACGCUUCACCUCGUUCUCCGAUUGAGGGGCGGUAUGCAGAUCUUCGUAAAAACCCUAACUGGAAAGACGAUCACUCUUGAGGUGGAGAGCUCGGACACCAUUGACAACGUUAAAGCUAAAAUCCAGGACAAGGAAGGUAUUCCCCCAGAUCAGCAGAGGUUAAUCUUUGCGGGCAAGCAGUUAGAAGAUGGCCGUACCCUUGCCGAUUACAAUAUCCAGAAAGAAUCGACCCUUCAUCUUGUUCUCCGAUUGAGGGGUGGUAUGCAGAUUUUUGUCAAAACUUUGACGGGAAAGACAAUUACUUUGGAGGUGGAGAGCUCUGAUACAAUCGAUAAUGUCAAGGCAAAGAUUCAGGAUAAGGAAGGUAUUCCCCCAGAUCAGCAGAGGCUCAUCUUUGCCGGAAAACAGUUGGAGGAUGGCCGUACACUCGCAGAUUACAACAUACAGAAAGAAUCAACCCUUCAUCUUGUCCUUCGAUUGAGGGGUGGGAUGCAGAUCUUCGUCAAGACCUUGACUGGGAAGACCAUUACUUUGGAGGUGGAGAGUUCUGAUACUAUUGACAACGUGAAGGCCAAAAUUCAGGAUAAAGAAGGUAUUCCUCCGGAUCAACAGAGACUUAUUUUUGCUGGUAAACAAUUGGAAGAUGGUCGAACACUUGCUGAUUACAAUAUCCAGAAGGAAUCUACGCUUCACCUUGUGCUUCGUCUCCGGGGAGGAAUGCAGAUUUUCGUGAAGACCCUCACAGGGAAAACCAUCACUUUGGAAGUUGAGAGUUCCGACACUAUAGACAACGUUAAGGCAAAGAUCCAGGACAAGGAAGGUAUCCCACCCGAUCAGCAGCGUCUGAUCUUCGCCGGAAAGCAAUUGGAGGAUGGGAGGACCCUUGCGGAUUAUAACAUCCAGAAAGAGUCAACUCUCCAUCUUGUGCUUCGUCUGCGUGGAGGUAUGCAGAUUUUCGUUAAGACGCUCACUGGAAAGACUAUUACUUUGGAAGUUGAGAGCUCGGAUACCAUUGAUAAUGUGAAGGCGAAAAUUCAGGACAAGGAGGGGAUCCCGCCGGACCAGCAACGUCUCAUCUUUGCUGGGAAACAGCUUGAGGACGGACGUACACUUGCUGAUUAUAACAUUCAGAAGGAAUCUACUCUUCAUCUUGUCCUCCGUCUUCGUGGUGGGGACAUCUAAGGAAAUUUCUGUUGGUUUAAGAUUUUAAGAUAUGUGUUCUUGUUAAUGUUGUGCGCAGUUAUUAGAGUCAUUUGAGGCUGUUGACUCUGCUGUCAUGUAAGGGCGUCCUCUACAAUGUUUCUGUUUUUAAUUUAAAUAAAUGAAUGCUUGACUCUCUCAUAUAA